AGUGAAUGUUGAGUUGUUUAGUUAUGUUCAGUUUAACCGAGUAACUUCAACAAGAAACACCAUUUAUUACAAUUAAUUUUAUUGCAAUUCUUAAUGAAAUUGAAUUAAUAAUUUGUGGCACAAUCGGAGAAAAUUGUUUAACUGUUGAAACCCGGAUUUUGUUGUGACCAGUUUAGUUGUUUUGUGCUUUUUGUUUCACUUUAAACUGUUGGUUGACUUUUAACCAACAAUCAGUGUAAAUAAGAUGAAUCUAUUAAUUACAAGUUGGAUACUUUUAAUACCAAACUGUUAUGCCAAUCAAAUAAACUAUAAUCACCAACAAUUGGAUAAGUUUACCAAUGAAAGUGGACUAAAAGUUGACCAACAAUCUCAACCGAAUGGAUUUAAAGUAGUCAACAAAAGAUCCUAUUCACUUUACGGAUCAAACAAUAAGCAAAUCCAAGAGCGACUCAAAUCUCCGUCAAGAUAUCCACCAACAUUUUUACGUACUUUUGAUGAAGCCGUUCUUGAAGAAGGAGCUUCUCUAUCGCUUAACUGUGUAGCUUAUGGUAAUCCACUUCCUCAAGUGACAUGGUUACUCGAUGGAUAUCCUGUUCUUGAUAUCUCGAGGUACAGAAUAGGAGAUUAUGUGACUAAAGAUGGACGCCUUGUUAGUUAUGUUAAUAUUACUUCUGUUUUGGCUCAAGAUGGAGGACUUUAUGAAUGCACAGCAUCUAAUGAUGUAGAUACAGUUCGCCAUUCGAGACGCAUUAAUAUAUUGGGACCACCAUUCAUAAGGCCAAUGAAAAACAUUUCAGGAGUUGCCGAGGAAUCGCUUAUAAUCAACUGUCCCAUUGGUGGUUAUCCAAUUGAAACCAUUUUCUGGGAAAGAGAAAACAUUCGUCUUCCAUAUAACCAUAGACAAAAAGUUCUAGCCAAUGGAACUUUAAUCAUCAACGACGUUGAACGAGCCACUGAUCAGGGUAAAUACACGUGUGGAGCGCGCAAUAAGGAAGGUGUAGAAGCCAAGGGAAGUUUUUACGUUUCAGUUUUAGUUCGUCCUUUUAUUGAUCCGUUCAAUUUUUCAAGUAACCUUCAAUCGGGUCAGCGUUAUAAUGCUUUAUGUUCAGUUACGCGAGGUGAUCCUCCGAUAGAGAUUCGUUGGUUAAAAGAUGGUCGACCGAUAACUGGAGUUUCAUCUUCCUCAAUGGAUUCAAAUCCUUCAUCAUCUCCUCACCCAUUGGGCAUUGAUAUAAUUCAAGUGAAAGAUUUUUCUUCUCACCUUACCUUUGAAUCUCUUGGACCAGAACACAGAGGAAAUUACACUUGUAUUGCAACAAAUAGUGCCGGAAGUGAUUUACACAAUGCCUCAAUGAUUAUUCACGUACCUCCUCGAUGGCAUAUUGAGCCAAGGGAUACUGCAGUGAUCAAAGAUCAAUUAGCAAUUAUUGAUUGUCAAGCAGAUGGAUUCCCUGUUCCUCAAACACAUUGGUCAAGAGCAGAAGGUUACCUUCAAGAACCAUCGACCAAUUUUAAGCCAAUCAAUUCAAGUCCACAUUUGAGGGUUUUCGAGAACGGAUCUCUUGCUAUUCAUAAUGCUCAAAAGUCAGAUGCUGGCUACUAUUUGUGUCAAACGAGUAACAACAUUGGGUCCGGCCUUAGUAAAGUCAUUAAACUCACAGUUCAUGUGGCUGCUCAUUUUGAAACCAAGUUUAACGUUCACACUGUACGGAAGGGUCAAGAGGCUCGGGUUCAAUGUAAAGCAAUAGGAGACAAGCCAAUUACUAUAAACUGGCUCAAGGAUAAAAUAAGCUUUAACCCUCGAGAUGAUGUACGUUAUGAGUUGUUUGAAGAAGCCAGUUCAGAAGGUUUGAUUUCUGAAAUUUUAAUCCGAAGUGCCGAUAGACGUGACUCUGCCUUGUUUACUUGCAACACUUUUAAUGGUUUUGGUAAAGAUGAAACCAAUGUUCAGCUUCUUCUUCAAGAGCCUCCUGAUGCACCACAGGAUGUUAAAAUAUCUGACCAUGAUGGAAGAUCAGCAACAAUUACAUGGUCACCCCCUUAUCCCGGAAAUAGUCCAAUAAUGGAAUACAUUGUUCAAUAUAAAUUGGAGAAAGAAAAAUGGACUGCAUCACGAGGCUUUUGGAAUGGCUCAGCUCCAGGAGGUGCAACUUUAUAUAAGCUGAAAAAUCUUCAUCCAGUGACACAUUAUCAGUUGAGGAUGUUUGCAACAAAUGCAAUUGGACGCAGUGAGGCCAGUCAAAUCAUUCAUUUCCGGACUGAUGAAGAAGCACCAGGAGGGCCACCACUCCAUAUCAAAGCAAUACCCAUAAGUUCAUCGUCCAUUCGGGUAACAUGGAAACCACCCAAAAAAGAGUUGACUUUCGGUGUUAUCAAGGGUUACUAUGUUGGCUACAAAGUGGCCAAAGACACUGAUGAGGCUGGUGGUCAACGUGCGGUGAACGGGGAAGGUGAAGGCAGUAAGGUUGAGGGUUCACCCAAUGGAGCCUCUUAUACGUACAAGACGCUGGAAGCCAAGGACAGGUCGUCCAAUGAAGAGGCUCACAUAACUGGCUUGACUCGAGCAACAAAAUACUUUGUUACUGUUCAAGCUUUCAACUCGAAAGGCUCAGGUCCAGCAUCUGAAGAGGUUCUUGUCCAAACUUUGGAGAAAGAUCCUCCUGUUUCACCAAAUCUCAAAGUAAACUCAAAAACUUCUUAUUCAAUCACCAUCUCUUGGUCCAUUGAUCAACAAGCUCAAACUGAUCCUCCAACAGGUUACAUUAUUCAUAUGAAACGAUCAAAUUCAGAUAAAUGGGAAUCAAUUGAAGUCUCAGCAAGUCAAACAUCUCAUACAUUUGAAGGUCUAAGUUGUGGUACAAGCUAUCAGUUUUAUAUAAUUGCCUUUAAUGAAAUUGGUAAAUCUGAUCCAAGUAACAUUAUUUACGUCAAGACGGAAGGUUUAGCUCCCGUUGCUCCAGAUAAGCAUUCAUUGUUGUCCAUUAAUUCAACCAAUGCUGUUAUCCAUUUGGAUUCUUGGCAUGAUGGAGGUUGUCCCAUGAACAAGAUUGAGAUUAUGUAUAAAGAAGAAAAAAGAUCCGAUUGGUUAAGUCUUCCUUUUAUUUUUCCUUCACCAUCUUCAUCAUCUGUACCAUCAUCAUCAUCAUCAUCUUCCGCCACUUUAUCAUCAUCUCGAGACGAGAAAGAUAUUUUAUUGAAUAAUCUUCGUCCAGCAACAAAUUAUGAUCUUAAGAUUACGGCUACAAAUGAAGCUGGACCCAUUCAAGCUGCUUAUUCAUUUAAGACGAGCUUCAAAGCCAAUCGAGGACAUUCCCUGAUUGGCAAUGAAGCAUCCAAAUCUUCAGCUGAUCAUUCCCUUUACCUCGAUAUGAAUCUGCUUUUACCGACAACGAUAACAAUUGGAGUUACCUUCAUCAUUUUGACUUUUCUCGUUUGCUUAAUUUUCUUGAAGAAGAGACAAAACAAUAUUAGUUUUUAUGAAAAUCCUGGAAUUUAUGAUUCAGGAAAAUGUGAACCUGUUAACGAGUCCGUCCGACUAACACAACUGGAUGCUGGAAGCAUGAAAAAGUCAACCGGUGACGCUGCAUCUGCCCUUGAUUCAGGUUACUUUCCAUCACCUUAUGCGAUGACGAAGAUUGAAAAUGAAAAAAAUGAAGUUAACGGUGUCCUCCAAAUGGAAACUAAAAGACCAAUAAACUCCCCAAUUAAAAAGCAUUCAACAUCCGAAUCAGGAGAGCCUUUAUAUGCAACAGUCAAAAGGACUCCUCGUCCACCUCGAUCGGAUGUCCAUGUUUACCAUUAUCCAAUGACACAAGCUACUUCUGAUUCUGGGUGCAACUCUGAAGCUUCAUGGCAGAAUAUGGUUACUCCGAGUCAGUCAAGUCACGAGGCAACUAUUAACUCUGCAACUUUAGUGCGAUUUCAUGAAGGACCAUCAGAGAAAGGAUUAUCUUCUACUCCAAUGACUUCCAUGUACUCUGUUUACACUGACCGUCAACCCAUGCUCAUGUGCCAAAGCUCACAACGUUUCAAUGGUAGCUAUUCACGAGGCUCAAUCUCCUGAAACUUACAAAAGCCUUAGUAAAUUGCUUAAAACAUGUGGCCAAUCUUCACCUCAAUUGUAUAAAGUUUUUUGGUUUGACUUAUGAACUUUAUUGAGUCAUCAAGAGCCUGAUUAUCUGAUCAUCUGAUAAGAUGUUGGAUGCAAUCAGAUUACUUUCAUCGCCGGUUCAUCAUUCCAAUAACCUCAGGAUCUGUAAACUAAGUUCAUCUAGUCUUGAAACCAAAUCACACCCAGCUUACAAAAAUGUGAUUCAAUUUAACUUUUCACUUCAAUGCCUUGUGAUUUGAUGGAAAUGAUUACAAUGACAGAAUCAAGUUACACCUGAAAAUGAAAGUAAUUUGAAUCUCCUGGAUGGUUACAACAAUUUAAUCUCUUAAUUGCAUCAACUUAGCUUUCUAUCUACAAACUUGGUUACACCGCCAUUAAAGCUUCUCCAUUGACGAUCCAUUUUUUUCCAACACUCAAUUAAAGCCUAAAUCUCUUUUCUGCUCAAAAUGUUCUUAUAAUGUACAUCUACUUCAGCUGAUCUAGUCAUGGAUGGUUAACAAGAAAAUGUUAAUGCCUUCAUAUUGUUACAAGCUAUUCAUUAAUUGUCUGGAGAUAUAAAAUGGUUUUUAAUGUUGUUCCUCAAGAAUAUACGUCAAAACUUCUGCAGAGAGAUCAAUUUCAUUCCAUUGCCAAUCAACUUUCCGCUUUAACCGUUUCUAUAAGAAAUGUUUAUUGUCCACAACUUGAUUACUGUAUACUAAUCAAUAAGUCAAUGUAUUUGUAUUAUGCGUAUUUACUAAAGUGAAUCUCCGUCCCCUCUUCGCACAAACCACACACGAUAACUAAUAUAAUUCAAUGGAUUUCUGAUGAAAAGGAUAAUGAAGUUAAACACGAAAAUAUGGUUCAAAUUAUGGAAAAUGCGAUAAAAACUAAGUCAAAUACAAACUCGCAAACAAAGUUGACAAUUUGUCCCGAUGUUUAAUAAUUUAUUUUUGUUAUCAAUGGCAGUAUACAAUUAAAAAAAGUAUAGAAUCAAAUCGA